GGAAUCUUCCUGCCACUUCCUUGUUCGAACUUUUGUUUUGGGGAAGGCUUGGGCAUAAGUUUAGUGAGGCUGCUACUAUGAUUUGAUUUUCCGAAAAUGUCAGCGCCAUGACCCAUAAAAUUGGUAGAAGUUGGCUGGUAGGAGGCAUAGCUAUCAUUGUAGUCGUGUCCAGAAGAAGCUCGCGAACGUUGCUAUAGUGUUCCACAUAGAGAACAAGAAGAUGUCCGUAGCUAAUGUUAGCGAAGACAUUCGGAUGGAGUUCCCACUGCACUCUUCAGUUUGGGAGAAUAAUUACAGGAAGCUGGAGCAGCAAAUUACACUACUGCAGAAUGACAUAGAAACUGUGGAUCCGAGAGGUCGGACACCUUUGCACCUGGCUGUGUCACUCGGACACUUGGAGUCAGUGAGAGUCCUCCUGAGACAUGGAGCUCAAGUUACUCAAGAAAAUGCCAAUAAUUGGACAGUCCUGCAGGAAGCCAUCAGCACGGGAGAUCCAGAGAUGGUUCAGUUAGUUCUGCAACGGAGGGACUACCUGAAAGCAUCCACCGCUUUGGAAGGAGUACCGGAGCUUUUGUCAAAGAUCCGAGAGUCACCAGACUUCUAUAUGGAAAUGAAGUGGGAGUUCACCAGCUGGAUCCCUCUUGUGUCCCGGGUAUGCCCAAGUGAUGUGUGUCGAAUUUGGAAAAGUGCAGCAAGCCUUCGCGUGGAUGCCACCCUUCUCGGCUUCGAGAACAUGACUUGGAUCAGAGGGCGAAGGAGCUACCUUUUCAGAGGAGAUGAUUCGUGCGCAGAGUUGAUGGAGGUGAACCAUGACGAGCAAGUGGUGGACACGGAGCGUUUCAUCAUAUCACAAGAGAUGGAGGAUGUCACACUUGAGUCAAUGCAGCCAGCGGAACAAGAAGUGGCCAAAAGGUUGACCACGCCAAUUGUCAACACCUACUUGGACACCAAGGACAUUGCUUUUGAGAGGAACAAGGCUGGGAUUUGGGGCUGGAGGACAGACAAAACCGAAGUGGUCAACGGAUUUGAAACAAAGGUUUUCAGUGUGAACAAUGUGAAUGUAGUCAUCAGGACGAGGACUGAACAUCUUACAGAUGAAGAGAAAGCCCGGAUAAAAAGUGAAAGGAACAUUUUGGAGUCUCUGCUUGGGACAGUUGAACAGCACAUAAGUGCACAAGGGGACCUGACACUUGAAUACGCAACCGCCACAAACCCCACAGCCAUCACUCCAGAGGAAUAUUUCGAUCCCAAUUUCAAUUUGGGGAACAGAGACAUCGGCCGACCGAUUGAGCUGAGCGUGCGAACGCAAAAGUUUAAAGGGACAUUGUGGAUGAGCGAAGAUCAUCCUCUGUCCCUGGUGGAGCAGGUGACCCCCAUCAUUGACCUCAUGGCUCGGACCAGCUCGCAUUUUGCACGGCUACGAGACUUUGUCACGCUGAAAUUCCCUCCUGGAUUUCCGAUCAAAAUUGAGAUUCCUCUAUUUCAUGUGCUGAAUGCCAGAAUUACUUUUGGUAACGUGAAUAAAUGCAGCACCGAAGAGGAAGCCAACAUAACACCAGCAGCCACACCGUCAUCCACAGGAGACGACGAAGAGGCCAGAGUCCCUCCAACAUUCCGGGUGUGUCCGUCUGUGUUUGCAAUACCUGACAACUACCACCGCCGAGGGGGCAGCCGUCACGCUCCUGCGUCCUCAAACGACGAGGAGUUUUUGCAGUACGCAAUCCAUCAAAGUCUCUUGGACUCCCACAUAGGCUCAGACCAGGAUGGCAUCGGGAAUGAUCCACACGGCGAAUACACCGACGCCAUGGUCAGCAGCCAGAGUGACAGGAGUAUCCCAGAGGGGGUGCUAGUGGAUUAUGCCGACACCUCCAGCCCCACAAGCACUUUCUCCGCCUCAAGCCACGACUCCGAGCUCCACUUGGCCAUGGAGCUUUCUGUGCGGGCACAAGAGCGAGAGGAGCGGCUGAGGAAGCAGGAGGAAGAGGAGCUGGAGCGCAUUUUGCAGCUGUCACUCACUGAAAAGUAGAAGGAUGAAGAGGGAAUCGGGAUCGAUCUGAAAGCAGGCCGCCUCAUCUCACCUCAGUGACAAUUGCCGCUUCCUGUAUUCUAUGCAAAAGCAGAUUUUCCCUUUAACAGCCUGCUCUUUGCACAGGCAAAACUUUCCUGUCUUAACUUUUGAAAGCGCGUUUUGGGCUAAGAGGAUACAUGUUAUUUCCGUACCUACAUUCUCCGUCUUCCAGUUUGAUCAGUGCGCUCUGAGGUGUUGUGGGCUUUGAGUCCUUUCAGCAGCAGUCACAUUCAUAUCUUACUCUUACGGCAGCUCCUGAGAAUGUUAUCAAAAAUGACUACUUCAAGUGACUCCACAUAAUAAGUUGGCACGCCCACUUAACUCUUCGGUUUAUGUUCUUGGCUUAACUCGAAUCCUAAAUCUCUGAUGUGGUAGUUUGGGGAAUAUAAAUAUUCCCAUAGCGCUAUUUUGCUGAUGACCAUGAAGAGUUUGAUGCUACAAGCCAUUUCCAUUUGGCAACGGAAAUCUCAGGGUCAAAUAUUAACAACCCUCUUUUUUUGGAGAUAACUUUUAAACUACUGGUAAUUUCACAUACAGUAUCUCUGCCAUACUACUAACUCAAAGUACAUGCAGGUUUCUUGUACUUUUCAGAAGGCCAAGAAAAUGCUGCAAGAGACUGAACAUUUCUGCAGCAAUUGUAUAUAUAAAGUUCUUUUGUUUUAAGUGGAAUUUGUAUGAAUGGGGGGGCGGGGGCUGCCUGAGCAAAUACCAGCAUUAUUGCCUCUGUUCAAAAAUGCAACAGCAGUCCUGAUGUUUCCUCCUGUAGCGACAAACAGCAAACCUCUUGAUUGUGUGCAGGCAUGUCAGGAUUUGAUGAUUUGUUCUUUCAGCAUGUGCCAACAGACAUUUUGUCUGUUACAUGAUGGAAAGUUUAGCUGGUGCCACUCAAAAUUUAGUAAGUUUUUUCCCCCUGUCCAAUAGGAAGCAAGACAUAACCACUGUGAUGUUGGAUAACCACUACAGUGUAGUUAUUUUUCUUAUGACCAACCACUAACUUGAGCCCUUUGUGCACAUCUUACCCACUGUGGUACAUGAUGGAAAAACGAGCCGUUAUAAUGAUAUCAUUUUGCCAACCGUUUCAUAAAGGCCAAUUUUUGCUUCAAUCAACCGAGAUCUUUGUAACAUACCAUUUGAGGUGCAGCUGUUCUUAAAAUAAAAGCACUUUAUUUCC